GAUAGAAUGCCGUUGAAGGGCAGUUAGUGGCUGUUGGAGCUCAUGGAGUUGUUCCAAAGUUGGUUCAAGAUCUCAAAUACUCAAUUCCCAACCCAAAUUGCUAACCACGAUGUUGGAUCACACACUUCCCUGGCUAUGGGCCCUGAUCUUGAGUCAUAUUAUGGUCACACUACCAUCCUCUGAUCUGCAGUACCAAGUCCCACUCAUCACAGAUCCCAAAUUUAUCGAGGAUUGUGUCAACAGCCACAAUGAUGUGAGGAUGAAUAUAUCACCGACUUCUGGAAACAUGAGAUACAUGACUUGGGAUCCGGCUCUAGCAAAGACUGCCAAAGCAUGGGCAAGGAGAUGUGUUUUCACACAUAACAUUCACAUAGGCAAGAAACAUGCAUGCCAUCCUGUUUUUAAAACUGUAGGAGAAAAUCUAUGGAUGGGUGUACUAAGUAAAUAUAUUCCCAAAAAUGCUACUACUGCUUGGUACAGUGAAGGCAAUUAUUUUGAUUUAGGUACCAACUUAUGUCUAAGAGUCUGUGGUCAUUACACUCAGGUUGUUUGGGCAUCUUCCUAUAAAGUUGGCUGUGCUCUUAAACUGUGCCCUAAUUUAGGAAAACGUAUAGCAAUGUUUGUGUGCAAUUAUGCACCUCCAGGGAACUUGGUUGGAAAACCACCUUAUAUGAAACAGGACCCAUGCACUCAUUGUGAGGAAGGAGAUACUUGUGAAGAUAAUUUGUGCAAAAAUCCAAUACGUGAUAAACCUUUAAGUUACCCAUAUUGGAAUCCAAGUUGGGAAAUUCCUCGUCAGAUUUCAUGUAAUCCAUUCUGUCAAAUCUGUGUGUCAAUUAGAAUGUUAGGACUUGUACUAGCAAUUGUAGGUAUUUUUAUACUACAAAUCAAAUAUCCAAACAUGCACUUGGUGACUUAAUUGAUGACUAAGCCUGAACUACCAUCAAUCCAAUUCUUAAGUAAAUCUCCAUGCCCUAAAUGUCUCUUCCAUUUGAAUGAAAAAACAGGCCAGAGGAAAUGCUGUAAAAAAAAGAAUGGAGUCAUGGAAUCAGGUAGUACAGCUGAUACAGUAGCUUAUGUGAAUUUAGCAUUAUAACUACAUAAAUGUGAAAAGAUUCUCAUAUAUUCCUGUUGCCCAAAAGAAUUUUGAGAGCUAUUGAAUUAAAAGUUACUAUAAACUAAAGAUUGAUGUGUUUUGAUUUGACUCCAAAACUUAACAUGGAGAAUAUUUCCACAAUAAGGAUUUAUAUGGGCGUUUUCAGUUGGAUGUGUGAUAUAGUGGUUGACCAUCAUAUUAUACAAAUAUAUUUUUAAAAGCAAUAUUAAAAUCUUAAAUUGACAUUGCAAUUCACAAUGCACAGGAAUUUGCAAAUGAAAUAUGCCAUUCUGAUUUAAUUAAUCAAAGGGGAAGUCUCCACACUGAAGAUAAACUUCUAAUAAUAAGUCAUAUAAUUUGAAACUCAAAAUCAUAUUUUAGAACAAACCAACAAAAAUUACCUUAUUCAGACCAAAUUAAGAUAAUAGUAUAUAAAUUUUAAAUCUUCUUAAACCUAAAAGAAAAAUCUGAGUAAAAAAUAAGCCUCUGCUCUGAGAUGAACAAUGACUUUAUUAUUGAUAAAGCCCAAAGAGUUGUUACCAUUUUCCUAUAUAGUGACAUAGUUUUCAUUCAAUUUUUAAAAUCUCAUUGUUUGAGUUCCAAAUUGACUUAAUUUUUGUCACUGUUAACCAGUAUUAUUUUUUUAAAUGUAUUUUAUAAAAUGAAUUGUUGUGAAACAAAUAGUAUUUUUCCAUUAAUUUCCAUUACAGUAUAAAAACUACAUUCCUGAAAGGGAGCAAGGGAGUAGAUUCCCUGACAUUGCAUAGUUAGCCCAAAUGUCUCUCAGCUAGCCAGUGUCUUUAUUGGUUAUUUCUAUAUAAUACAAACACUAGUAUUAAAGUUUAAAAAUGGCAACCUGCAAUAUUUUUGUUUCUAAGUAUCUGGAUAUUUCCAUUUAACUGAGUAAUUGAUGCAACAUAAGCAAAUAUGUUCAGGUUCUUUAAUUUAAAAAAAUUUAAUCUGAUUUUUGGUAUUGAUAUGGUUGUUAUUUUCAUCAGGUUAUUAAAAUAUGAGUUAACAAUGGUUGAGUUAAAUAUAGUUUACAUAAGACAAGACAAAAUCACAUGAAAGCAAUAUAGUGUUGGAAUUCAGAUUACUUUUCUACUUAUCUAAUUUCUAUCACAAUUUGUUUCAUGCUAUCUUAAAUUUUUGCCUAAAAUGUACAAUUAAAAUAUUGUUUUAGAACUGGUUUCAAUUGCUCUGAUUAUAUUUAAAAUUUGUCAGGUUAUUUGAUAUAUUGUAAAGAAAGAUAUAUGUAUGCAUACACAUAUAUUUUAUAGAGAGAGAGAAGAAAGAGAUUAAUAACUUAAUUGGUUCAUACAUUAUGAUAG